GCCCCCUCUGGGAACCAGAAGGCAUCGUCCGCCUCGCAUCCCCCACGGCCACCGAGUCAGAGGAACGCUUCUGGGUCUCUGCGGGGGAAUACACCGCCCCAACCUCCAAAUACCCCAACGGCGAGUGGCGCGACGGGACAGACCGCACCUCCGGCGCGGGCUUCGCGCAUUUUGUCAUAUUCGACGGGCGGGGGAAGAGAUUGGGCGAUUGGGUCGUCACCAAAGAAGGCGACAUCGAGUACCACAACGGCGGAAUAGACUACGACGGCACCCACAUCUGGGCAACCCUCUCCCAAUACCGCCCCAACUCCACCGGCACCGUAGUCCGAAUCGACCCCGCCAAGCUGGAGCUGGAAAGGAUGUUCGGCGUGGGCGACCACCAGGGCGGCAUCGUGCACAACGGCAUCGGCACCCUCACGACCCUAAACUGGGGAGGGCGCAAAGCAACACGCUGGGCCCUCUCAUCAGCCCCGCCAUCGCAGCAGCAGCAACAACACCCCCUCACCCCGAGCGCGAGCGUCUCCCCCGCCACGGAAACGAUCAACCCCUCGCACUGGAUCGACUACCAGGACUGCAGGUACCUAGGCGACCACGGGAAACAAGAGGUGAUGCUCUGCUCGGGCAUCGCGACGCUGGCGGGCGGCAUCGAGGUCGGCGGGCUGGCCAUCGUGGACAUGGAGACCAUGGUGCCUCUAUGGGAAGUGCCCUUCAUGGAGAGGACGGAGGCGCAAGGGGUUUUGAUGACGAAGAACCCGAUGGACGUAGCUCUUGUCAACGGCCGGGUGAGGUUGUACUUUGCGCCGGAGGAGGGGAAGAGCGUGUUGUACGUAUAUGAGCUGCAGUGA